AUGCCGAGCUGGAGCGGCAGUUAAGCCCACAACAUCUCUCUGCGGUUUGCGUCUUGUUUUUAUCUCCUUAAACUGGAUUCAGUGCAACUGUAACUAGAUUGUUUUAGAGAGUUUGUUGGAGGGUUCUUUGCCACGGCAACACACAUCCUUUAAGGAUGCUGCGCUAAGCAUGGGAACAGCUGAAAGCACAAAGAGAAAACUAAAGUCAGCUAAUUCAAGCACUCUUCAGAAGGAACCAAACUCCUGCACGAGCAUGGCAGACCACAAAGCCAACAUAGAUGACUUCAAAGUUCAAACAGCCAAGCACCCUAACAUGAGCACGGUCCCUCUACGGCCACAUAAUGACCAGUCUAGAGACCGCACGUCCAAAAGGCUUUCCACCGAGUCUAACGGGACCAGUGAAGGAGGAAUGGGCUCGUCCACACCGGUUGAGGUGACCGCUUUGGAAGAGUCAUUUCGUCGUUUCGCCAUCCACGGUGACACUCGCGCUACCGGCAAGGAGAUGCACGGCAAGAACUGGUCCAAGCUCUGCAAAGACUGUGGCGUGAUUGAUGGCAAGAGUAUCACCCUCACUGAUGUGGACAUUGUCUUCAGCAAAGUCAAGAAGAAAUCCAGCCGCAACAUCACAUAUGACGAGUUCAAGGUUGCACUGGGAGAGCUGGCCAGGAAGAAAUACAAAGAAAAGACAGGAGAGGAGGCUGAGGCCGAAGUCUUCAAGCUGAUUGAGGGGAAGGCACCCGUCAUUGCUGGAGUCACGAGAGCCGUGGCUUCCCCAACCGUGAGCCGUCUCACGGACACCAGCAAGUUUACAGGGUCGCACAAGGAGCGUUUUGACCCCACCGGGCGCGGGAAGGGUAAGGCGGGAAGAGAAGACAUAGUUGACACUUCAGGAUAUGUCUCGGGAUACAAACAUCGAGGGUCGUAUGAAAAGAAAGUGAAUAAACCCACAGAGGGCAAACCCAUGUGAGGCCAAGGGAUGAGGAAUAAACAUUUGAUCAACUUCUAGGGUCAUUUUCUAUUAAAUGAGUCCUCAAAGAAAGCACAAAAUAAUAGGAUUUCAUAUAUUUUCCCACCCAUUUAUUUUUAUUUUAUGUGUGUGUGUGUGUGUGUGUGUGUGUCCGAGAGAGAGUUUUUUAAGUUCCUCUCUUUGUGAAGUGUGAGAACUGGAAAACUGUUUACAUCUAUUUUUACAAAGUCAUCACCAGCUGGUACAUUCCUGUCUCAUUUCUAAGUUACUGCCAAACACUGAAAAGAACAAACGAGAGAAACUGCUAUGCUAUGAAUAAUGAAGCUUUGUUGUUAUGAUAGGGCCUUAUAAUAUUUAUUGAGCACAAUUGAGAACACAUGCCAAGAAAAAACAAAAGUGGGACGACAGUUUGAUGAAUUACAACAUCCCACUUUUAAAUGGAAAUGUUUCUAUUCCCGUAUUCAGCUAAUAAGAUGCAUUUUAAUUUGAUUUGCAGUUUCAGUAAUUGGCACACAUUUUUUUGAACAUAUAAUGGAUGACUAAUUCUUUUAAAAAGCUUUAACUGGUCAUUUCAUCUUAAGUGUAAAUUGUUUUUUUGCCAUCCCAAACUGUUAAGUCUUCCUAAAAUCUACUGUUUAUUUGUUAUUAUUGUACAAACUCAGUCAUUUCAGUAAUAUGCCUUCAACACAGUCCAAGAAAAAUGAAGUGUUUUGUCCAUUUUUUAAAGGUUUUUUUAAAAAAAACAAUGUAGUUCACUGUUAAGACUGAACAUGUUCGACCUUUGCCAUUUCCCCUUCCUUCUGUGAACAUGUUGAACAGACAAAAAGCAAACGCCCUUCUGUGUAAACCAUUUAAAUAGGUCCACUUUAACACAAGUAGAAAAAAAGAAGAAAAAAAAGAAACAGGAAUUCCUCAUUUUCUCCGUGGCUGUUGUUAUCCAUGUCCCAUUUUAUGUCUACCCACAUACCAUUUUGCUAACAUGCAUUUAAAAUUUGAAAUUGGUGAAUUCAGCUGAAGAAGGACGCUCUGACCAGGGGAGAUGAGCUCAGUUGUACAAGAUUGUAUUUUUAACAUUUUACUUAUAUUUCCUCAUCAGAUUUCUAUACUGUAGUUCUAAUAUAUUUGUGGUAAGAUUGUGUAUAUUCUAAAAAGAAAAAAAAAUAGCCACAUGGCUUAAUUUAUCACACUGGCCUCGUAUUUUUUUUUUUGGUAUUGCUGUACUUUGUGCAUGUUCUGUAUAUUGCAUUUGAUUCAGAAGCGUAAAGAUGACAGUAGGCAUUCGUCAUUUCUGAUAUGCUGAUAUACUGCUGUGAGGACAGACUACUGGACACACUUCAAUAUUGUCUUGCUAAAAAAAGAAACCCCAAACUGUUCAAUCAUGAUGAAAUCUUGUAUUGCUUGAAAUGAAUAUACUGUAUAUCGACCUGUACAUGUUCAAAGUCAGCUUCACAUAUUAAUGCAUAUUUGCUUUCUUUCGGUGAAGACUUGGAGUAUUAGUGGUACGUCAUCCAAGGCACAAAUUCAACUUCAAACUAAAGCAGGUUUUUACUGUUGUAUUCUUCAUUGCUGUGUGAGAAAAAGGGAACAUUUGCAAACAAUUAAAAAUCCUUUUGUAGAAUAUUUUUCCAACAGUGACAGUGUUUGUCACACACUACCUGUAGCCUCAGCUGAUGAAGAAUCGUGCAUCAAAAAGCAGCUAUUCGUGUUUUUUUUUCCCCGUCUGCUGCAGUGGUUCGAGUAUGACCUGUUUUCUGUGCUUAAUGCCAAAUAUUGUGCACCUUUCAUGUGGAGGAACAAUAAUGACUUAUUUUGUUUUUAAAUAACUUUUAAUGUAAUAUUGUGCCCCAGUGCAUGCAGUGUUUUGUUCUUGUUCUUUAGACCUCUUAAUGUAUGCUCAUGAUUUGUAGUGCAUUAUUGAAAAUAAAACACACACCUAAGAACCUCUGCUGAGUAGGUCACAGGGUGUCAAGUCCAAACACAA